GCUGAGCAGGUCUUUGCAGUGCAGUGGGCUGUCUUCUGUUCGUCACCAAAGUGUAGCAGCAGCUGACCAUCUGAUGUUAACCAUGCAGUCUGCCGAAAACAAGCUGAACAAAAACAGCCUCCUCCUGGCUCUGAGGAGAUACAGCUCAGCUGUCAAUAACAUGGAGCAGACUGUUCUCCUUCCCAGCCUGCUAAGAGACGUGCCCUCAGAUGACGUGUGGGACAGUGAGGUGGCAGAAUCAUGUGAAGACCUGUACGGGAACUACCUGAUGCUGAAGACCAUCAGAAACAUGGUAGAGAGUGGCCUGGUUCCCCUGGAUGAGAACAAGAUCAAAGAGAGCCCAGUUCUCCACCAGACCAUGGAGCCACUGUUGGACACAAACCCAGAGUCUCUGUUUUGCUUCCACCUAAGAGGACUAUUUACUGUGAUGAACACACUCACCAAGAGGUCUCAGAGCGUGACUGGGAAAUAUAUGGAGAUUAUUGGUGUGUCAAAUUAGACAUGAGUCAAGUGGACAUCUAACACCAGCUACACUGAGAACCUGGCAAACAGCGAAAGUCACUUUAACAUCCAUGACAGUUUAUGUCCUGUGAGGCCAAGCUUCGAAUUAAGGAAAUGAUGAAUAAACUAACAGUGCAAAAACAAA